UUUUUUUCCUUUGACCAUCUUUAUUAAAGAUAAAGAGGGGCACUGGAAGAUGAGAUGAAAUGAAAGAGGGAUUCUUCUCGAGAUCGGUUUAGCAGGGAGAAAGAAGAUAUGAUGCUACCGGGGGUGGAGCUGGCCCGGAAGCGGCGGGUGCACUGCCACAGCGGCGGCGAGACCCCGGCGGCGCGCAGCUCGCCGGCGGAUCCGAUGGCGAUGCGCCUUCCCUUCCUCCGAUCGACCGACAUGGACGAGUCCGCCCUCGCUGCCCGCAUCCGCCUUGAGGAGAAGCUCCGCAGCCUCGCCGCUCCUCCUCCCGCCGCCGCCACCACCUCCUCCUCCUCCUCCUCCUCGUUCUCCUUCUCGCUGAGAUGGAGGCAGCGUGAGGCAUCUAAUAGGAAGACAAAAGGCAAGAGUGGUGAGCUCAAAAGGACGGGAUCGAGGAGCGAUAUUUGUGCAGUUUGCCUCGAAGAUUUCGGGUCGAAGCAAAGUGUGAUGAGGCUGCCCUGCUCCCACAAAUAUCACUCUGACUGCCUCCUCCCAUGGCUGGCUGCUCAUUCUCACUGUCCGUGUUGCAGGACGCUUGUUCCAUCACAAUACUUGUAACUAAUUUCUGUGUUGCAGGACGCUUGUUCCAUCACAAUACUUGUAACUAAUUUCCAUCCAGGGAUGUAAGGUCUUGAUAAUGAUGAAAUUUUUUGCAAUUAGAUCUUGUUUUUCAUCUUUUGA